CUGUUAAGGUCAUCGCUGUCAUUCGGGAGCCACCAUCCACCGAACAGCCAUCGAAGCCACCGAAGCGGAGGCGACGCAAGCGACGUGACGAACAAGCAGAAAGACGACAACAUGUCUCUGUCAAACAAGCUCACCCUGGAUAAGGUGAACGUCAAGGGGAAGAGAGUCAUCAUGAGGGUUGACUUCAAUGUUCCCAUGAAGGACAAGCACAUCACCAACAACCAGAGGAUCAAGGCCGCCGUUCCCACCAUCAAGCACUGCCUGGAUAACGGCGCCAAGUCGGUGGUUCUCAUGAGUCACCUGGGCCGCCCCGACGGGAACUUUGUGCCGGAGAAGUACUCGCUGGAGCCCGUCGCCACUGAGCUCAAGUCCCUGCUGGGAAAGGACGUGACCUUCCUGAAGGACUGCGUCGGCGCCGAGGUGGAGGCCGCCUGCGCCAACCCCGCCGCCGGCUCCGUCAUCCUGCUGGAGAACCUCCGCUUCCAUGUGGCUGAGGAGGGAAAGGGCAAGGACUCCUCUGGAAACAAGACAAAGGCAUCCCAGGAGCAGAUUGACAGCUUCCGGGCGUCUCUGUCCAAACUGGGAGAUGUUUACAUCAAUGACGCCUUCGGCACGGCUCACAGAGCCCACAGCUCCAUGGUGGGCGUCAACCUGCCCCAGAAAGCGGCCGGCUUCCUGAUGAAGAAGGAGCUGGACUACUUCGCCAUGGCUCUGGAGAAACCUCAGAGGCCUUUCCUGGCCAUCCUCGGAGGGGCAAAGGUGAAAGAUAAGAUCCAGUUGAUCAACAACAUGCUGGAUAAGGUGGACGAGAUGAUCAUUGGUGGCGGCAUGGCCUUCACCUUCCUCAAAGUGCUCAACAACAUGGAGAUCGGCAACUCCCUGUACGACGAGGAGGGCGCCGGCAUUGUCAAGGACCUGAUGGCCAAGGCCGAGAAGAACAGCGUCAAGAUCACGCUGCCCGUCGACUUUGUCACCGCUGACAAGUUUGAUGAGAAGGCUACCACGGGCGUCGCCACCGUCGCCGCUGGCAUCCCCUCCGGCUGGAUGGGCUUGGACUGCGGUCCCGAGAGUUCCAAGGCGUACGGCGAGGCGGUGGGCCGAGCCAAGCAGAUCGUGUGGAACGGCCCAGUCGGUGUGUUUGAGUGGGACAACUUUGCCAAGGGCACCAAGAACCUGAUGGACAAGGUGGUGGAGGUCACCAAGUCAGGCUGCGUCACAAUCAUCGGUGGGGGCGACACUGCCACCUGCUGUGCCAAGUGGAACACUGAGGACAAGGUCAGCCACGUGAGCACAGGAGGCGGAGCCAGCCUGGAACUUCUGGAAGGCAAAGUUCUCCCCGGAGUGGAUGCCUUGAGCAACGUCUAAACUUCCUCCCCGUCAACCUACUGACGUGUUUGCACGUGUGCGUGAGAGAGAGAGCGUGUGAAUGUGUGUAUGCCGAGAGGUGAGUAGCUACUAAAACCAGACUGGUGUUAGUCCAUGCGAGAAACAAACCUACGGAGAAAAAAACCGAAUCGCAAAUCCAUCUGGACUUGUAGAACUUCUGCCUUAUUGAUCAUUCGAGUAGACGGCUUGUCAAGGUGGAAUUUGAUUUUGCUGUGGUUGAAAGGUGACCUCACCUCACCACUUGAGAAAAGCGGGUGUCGCUCAUUCCCCGCUAACUUGUCCAGUCACAGCAUGGCUACUGAUUGAGAGAGAUAUUAACAAACGAUUCGUGUGGCGUUUGUCGACCUUGUAACAUCACAGCCCUUCUCUUCUAGUGAAUAAAUGUCCUUAAAACCUU